UGUUCUCUGCCAUUUACAGUCACCAGCUCUUGUCAGGAAUGUCCGCCCCCCCGCCCCCGCGCGCACAGAUCAUGCACGCGCCCACUUUAUUUUUAACCCGGCCGGGCGGGUCAGUCGCUGGCUUUGGGGAAUGACCGUGGAGCGCGCGGCGACCCUACAGACCCUCUCUUUUCCCCCUCGAGCCCCGGUGCAGGACCCCCUCGCGUGCCCUCCUCGCGGCCUCGAUGGGAUUAUAAUUGCUUUGUUGGCCGGGAGAAGGCUCAAGAUAAACACCCUCGGACAGGAUACAUCAUCCAGAAGCAAACAUCCAGACCACCCGAGGACGACGUCCCCGUCGCUCGCCGCGCUGGCCGCCACCGCCGCCAUGACCUCCGCGACCUCCACCACGGACUUUGACAACGCGGAGAUCGCGCAGCAGUACAGCCGCAUCAACACCCGCUUCUGCCUCACCGACGAGGACCAGGACAACGACAACUGCUCCGCCCGGCGGUUUGAGCGCUCGCGCAUCAGGGCCCUCGCAGAUGAGCGCGAGGCGGUCCAGCAGAAGACCUUCACCAAGUGGGUCAACUCCAUCCUGUCCCGGGUCGGCUGUCGCAUCUCCGACCUCUACCUGGACCUGCGGGACGGGCGCAUGCUCAUCAAACUGCUGGAGGCGCUGUCCGGCGAGCGACUUCCCAAACCCACCAAAGGCCGAAUGCGCAUCCACUGUUUGGAGAACGUGGACAAGGCUCUGCAGUUCCUCAAAGAGCAGAGGGUCCACCUGGAGAACAUGGGCUCCCACGACAUCGUCGACGGCAACCACCGCCUCAUCCUCGGCCUCAUCUGGACCAUGAUCCUUCGCUUCCAGAUCCAGGACAUCGUCGUGGAAACGGGCCAGGCGGACCAGAAGGAGACGCGCUCAGCCAAGGACGCUCUUCUUCUGUGGUGUCAGAUGAAAACGGCGGGGUAUCCCAAUGUCAACAUCAGAAACUUCACCACCAGCUGGAAAGACGGCAUGGCCUUCAACGCUCUCAUACACAAACACCGGCCAGAUCUGGUGGACUACGGCAAUCUGAAGGGGUCAAACCCCACCCACAACCUCCAGAGCGCCUUCAACGUCGCCGAGCAGCAGCUCGACGUGACCAAGCUGCUGGACCCCGAAGAUGUGUUCACGGAGAACCCAGACGAGAAGUCCAUCAUCACGUACGUGGUGGCAUUCUACCACUACUUCUCCAAGAUGAAGCAGCUGGCUGUCGAGGGCAAGAGAGUCGGAAAGGUUCUGGAUCACGCCAUCGAGACGGAGGCGAUGAUCGAUAAGUACGAGACGCUGGCGUCGGACCUGCUGACGUGGAUCGAGCAGACCAUCGUCGUGCUGAACAACCGGAAACUCGCCAACUCGCUGACGGGAGUCCAGCAGCAGCUUCAGGCCUUCAACACCUACCGCACGGUGGAGAAGCCGCCCAAGUUCCAGGAGAAGGGAAACCUGGAGGUUCUGCUCUUCACCAUCCAGAGUCGCAUGAGGGCCAACAACCAGAGGGUCUACACGCCUAAAGAGGGAGCCCUGGUCGCAGAUAUCAACAAAGCCUGGGGCCGUCUGGAGAGGGCGGAGCACGUGCGCGAGCGAGUCCUGAGAGACGAGCUGAUCAGACAGGAGAAGCUGGAGCAGAUGGCGAGGAGAUUCGACAGGAAGGCGGCCAUGAGGGAGACCUGGCUGCUGGAGAACCAGAGGCUGGUGGCGCAGGAUAACUUUGGUUACGACCUGCCGGCGGUGGAGGCCGCGAAGAAAAAGCACGACGCCAUCGAGACGGACAUCGCCGCGUACGAGGAGCGCGUCCAGGUCCUGGUGGACAUCUCGAAGGAGCUGGAGUCCGAGCGUUACCACGACGCCAAGCGCAUCGACGCGCGCAAAGGCAACGUCCUGCGCCUCUGGGACUACCUGCAGGAGCUGCUGAGGGCUCGCAGGGCGCGCCUGGAGAAGAACCUGACCCUGCAGAGGAUCUUCCAGGAGAUGUUGUACAUCAUCAGCUGGAUGGACGACAUGAAGGCUCGACUCCUGGCUCCUGACUUUGGGAAGCACUUGUUGGAAGUUGACGACUUGUUGCAGAAGCACGCUCUGCUGGAGAACGACAUCGCCCAGCAGGCGGACAGAGUGCAGGGCGCCAGCGCCGCUGCGCUCCAGUUCGCCAACGGAGACAGCUACAAGCCGUGUGAUCCUCAGGUGAUCCGGGACCGGGUGCAGCACCUGGACAUGUGCUACCAGGAGCUUUGUGCCCUGGCGGCCGAGCGAAGAGCUCGCUUGGAACAGUCUCGGCUCUUCUGGAACUUCCUGUGGGAGGUGACGGAGCUGGAGAGCUGGAUCAGAGAGAAGGAGCACAUCUUCUCCUCCCUGGACUACGGCAAGGACCUGACGAGCGUGCUGGUGCUCCAGAGCAAGCACAGUGCCUUCGAGGACGAGCUGGGGGCCCGCCGCUCCAACCUGGACCAGGUCCUGGCCGAAGGGGACGAGAUGAUCCGGGCCGACCACUUCGGCUCCUCGAAGGUUCAAGAAUGCAUGCACGGCAUCGCCAGCCAGUGGCGGCAGCUGGAGGAGCUGGCCGCGUUUCGGAAACAGAACCUGCGGGACACCCAGAGGUUCUUCCAGUUCCAGGGAGACGCCGACGAACUCAAGGCCUGGCUGCUGGACGCCAAGAGGCAGAUGGGCAGCGACGACACGGGCCACGACGAGUACACCACCCAGCGGCUGCUGAAGAGGCACAGGGACCUGAGGAACGAAGUGAUGAAGAGCGGCGCCACCAUCGACGCUCUGUCCAAGCAGGCCAACGGGCUGCCGGAGGAGCUGCAAAACACCCCCGAUAUCCAGAGGCGCCUGAAGGACGUCAAGGACCUGUUCGUGGAGCUCAUGUCGCUGGCUGACCUGAGGCAGAAGAGGCUCGAUGACGCCAUGGCCCUGUACACCAUCUUCAGUGAGACGGACGCCUGCGAGCUCUGGAUGGGCCAGAAGGAGACGUGGUUGGUGGGCUUGGAGGUGCCCGAGAAGCUGGAGGACCUGGAAGUAGUACAGAAUAGGUUGAGCAUUCUGGCUCAAGAUAUGUCAAAUGUUCAGUCGAGAGUCGAUGACGUCAAUAAAGCCGUGAAACAGCUGGAGGACAGCAGACACCCUCGCACCAGAGAGGUCAAGGAAUGUCAGAUGCGACUGAAUAAGAGGUGGGAGGCCUUCAAGGCCAUGGUGGAGGACAAGAAGAGGAAAGUGGAUUCCGCCGUCAGUCUGAACAACUACGGGCUGGAGUGCGACGAGACCGAGUCCUGGGUCCGAGACAAGACCCGGGUGAUCGAGUCCACGCAGGACCUGGGCAACGACCUGGCGGCCGUGAUGACCAUCCAGAGGAAGCUGUUCGGCAUGGAGAGAGAUUUGGCCGCCAUCGACAACAAGCUCACCUUCCUGAGCGAAGAGGCCGAUCGGCUGGCCGCGGACCACCCGGAGAACGCGGGGGACAUCUUGGCCCGCAGAGGGGAGCUGGACGCGGCCUGGGACGCGCUGAAGAAGACCCUGAAAGACAGAGAGGACUCUUUAGGCGAGGUCAGCAAAUUGCAGACCUUCCUCCAAGACAUGGACGACUUCCAGUCGUGGCUUUUCAAGACCCAGAAAGCCGUGGCGUCGGAGGAAAUGCCCGCCUCGCUGCCGGAGGCCGAGGAGCAGCUCGUCCUCCACGACGCGGUGCGCGAAGACAUAAAGAACCACGAGGGGGACUAUCGCCUCGUGAGGGACACCGGAGCAAAGGUCACCCGGGGCCAGGAGGAGGAUCCACAGUACCAGCAGCUGGAGCAGAGGCUCAAGGGGCUGGAUCGGGGCUGGGUUGAACUGCAGAAGAUGUGGGACAGCCGCAAGGACUUCCUGGACCAGGGUCUGGGCUUCCAGCUGUUCAUGAGGGACAGCAAAGCUGUAGAGGCCAUCCUCAACAACCAGGAGUACACCCUGGCCCACAUAGACCGGCCGGACACCACCGAUUGGCCGAAGCCAAACAGCCAAUUGGAGCGGUUUCUGUCACCGAUUCAACGCAGAAGGGCCGCCAACGAGGGACCGAACCGUGCCAACGAGGAGGGGCCGAACCGUGCCAACGAGGAGGGGCCGAACCGUGCCAACGAGGGACCGAACCGUGCCAACGAGGAGGGGCCGAACCGUGCCAACAAGGAGGGGCCGAACCGUGCCAACGAGGGACCGAACCGUGCCAACGAGGAGGGGCCGAACCGUGCCAACAAGGAGUGGCCGAACCGUGCCAACGAGGGGCCGAACCGUGCCAACGAGGGGCUGAACCGUGCCAACGAGGAGGGGCCGAACCGUGCCAACGAGGGGCCGAACCGUGCCAACGAGGGGCCGAACCGUGCCAACGAGGGGCCGAACCGUGCCAACGAGGGGCCUGAACCGUGCCAACGAGGAGGGAGGGGCCUGAACCGUGCCAACGAGGAGGGGCCGAACCGUGCCAACGAGGGGCCGAACCGUGCCAACGAGGGGCCGAACCGUGCCAACGAGGGGCUGAACCGUGCCAACGAGGAGGGGCCGAACCGUGCCAACAAGGAGGGGCCGAACCGUGCCAACAAGGAGGGGCCGAACCGUGCCAACGAGGGGCCGAACCGUGCCAACAAGGAGGGGCCGAACCGUGCCAACGAGGAGGGGCCGAACCGUGCCAACAAGGAGGGGCCGAACCGUGCCAACGAGGGGCCGAACCGUGCCAACGAGGAGGGGCCGAACCGUGCCAACGAGGGGCCGAACCGUGCCAACGAGGAGGGGCCGAACCGUGCCAACGAGGGGCCGAUCCGUGCUAACGAGGAGGGGCCGAACCGUGCCAACGAGGAGGGGCCGAACCGUGCCAACGAGGAGGGGCCGAACCGUGCCAACGAGGGGCCGAUCCGUGCCAACGAGAGGCCGAACCGUGCCAACGAGGAGGGGCCGAACCGUGCUAACAAGGAGUGGCUGAACUGUCCCAACAAGGAGGGGCCGAACCGUGCCAACGAGGAGCCGAACCGUGCCAAUGAGGGGCUGAACCGUGCCAACGAGGAGGGGCCAAACCGUGCCAACGACGGGCCGAACCGUGCCAACGAGGGGCCGAACCGUGCCAACAAGGAGGGUCCGAACCGUGCCAACGAGGAGGAGCCGAACCGUGUGCCGAACCGUGCCAACGACGGGCCGAACCGUGCCAACGAAGAGGGUCCGAACCGUGCCAACGAUGAGGGUCCGAACCGUGCCAACGAGAAGCUGAACAGUGCCAACGAGGGGCCGAACCGUGCCGUACGAACGAGGGGCUGA